GCCGGCAACAAACAGACCUGUAGCUCACACACAGAGUAUACCAGUUCCACCACAGCAUUGGGUCCACCUAUUGUUGUUUCAGAAAGGUUACCACGGUUACUGGCCAAGCGAAAAGGUAGCAGGAUGUCAUGCGGAUCAGAUAUGACUCUGCUUGAUUGCACUGGAGCCAGAAUUUCCGGGUGUUGGUCACUGAGAACUGACCGCAGUGGGAGUGGGGAGGACUCGUUGGACCGGCUCCUGCCUCAUGCCGGGGCCCCCCGCAGGAAGAGCACCACCACGCUGAGUAAAACAGAGCCCCCUCUGCUCCGCACAGGCACGCGCACCAUUUACACCGCCGGCCGCCCUCCCUGGUAUGACGAGCAUGGAGCUCAGUCAAAGGAGGCCUUUGUCAUUGGGCUGUGUGGGGGAAGUGCCUCAGGGAAAACCACCGUAGCCAAUAAAAUCAUUGAGGCCCUGGAUGUGCCUUGGGUUGUGCUGCUGUCUAUGGACUCUUUCUACAAGGUCUUAUCUCCAGAGAAGCAGCUCCUGGCAGCAAAGAACGACUACAACUUUGACCACCCUGGGGCGUUCGACUUCGAGCUGCUGGUGUCCACCCUGCGAAAGCUCAAGCAGGGAAAGAGCGUGAAGAUUCCAGUGUACGAUUUCACCACACACAGGAGACAGAAAGACUGGAAAAAUGUGUAUGGGGCCAGUGUUAUCAUAUUUGAGGGAAUUAUGUCUUUUGCAGACAAAGAGCUUCUUCAGCUCUUGGAUAUGAAAAUCUUUGUCGACACAGACUCAGACAUUCGACUCGUCCGCCGGCUCCGCAGGGACAUCACAGAGCGCGGCCGGGACAUUGAAGGCGUCAUCAAGCAGUACAAUAAGUUUGUGAAGCCUGCCUUUGAGCAGUACAUCGAGCCGACCAUGAGGCUGGCUGACAUCGUCGUACCUCGAGGUGGUGGGAACAUGGUGGCCAUUGAUCUGAUAGUUCAGCACGUCCACAGCCAGCUGGAGGAGCGUGAGCUCAGUGUCAGAGCACUACUGGCCUCUGUUCAACAGACUCAGCCGCUGCCUCAGACUCUUAGUGUGCUGGAAAGCACGCCACAGGUCCGAGGCCUUCACACCAUCAUCAGGAACAAGGAGACCAGCCGUGAUGAAUUCAUCUUCUACUCAAAGAGAUUAAUGCGUCUUCUUAUCGAGUAUGCGCUGACAUUUCUACCUUCUCAGCCUUGUGUGGUUCAGACUCCACAGGGCUCAGAGUACGAGGGCCGCAGCUACAAUGGGAAAGGAAUUACCGGCGUGUCCAUCCUAAGGGCAGGAGAGACCAUGGAGCCGGCGCUGAGGGCCGUGUGCAAGGACGUCCGCAUCGGGAAAAUCCUCAUUCAGACCAACCUGGACUCAGGCGAGCCAGAGUUGCACUACUUGCGCUUGCCUAAAGACAUCAGCGAGGAUCACGUCAUCCUAAUGGACAGCACAGUCUCCACGGGCGCCGCAGCCAUGAUGGCGGUGCGAGUCCUGUUGGAUCACGAGGUACAGGAAGACAACAUCAUGUUGGUGUCCCUGCUGAUGGCUGAACUUGGGGUGCACUCUGUGGCGUACGCCUUCCCGAAGGUUAAGAUCAUUACCACUGCUGUGGACAAGGACCUGGACCAAUUCUUCCACGUCAUUCCUGGUAUCGGAGACUUUGGGGACCGGUACUUUGGGACAGAUGGGUCAAUCAGCUGCUGUGAUGAUGAGGACCAGGAACAGCUUUCAUUGUGACUCAAAAUCAUGUGAAAAACAUGGUACCAGAGAACUCUGAUUCAGACAUAGACUGCAAACAUGUUCUUAUAUUUGUUUUAUACUCUAUAAACCAUGUUUCGUACUAUAAAAAUAUAGUAAUUAUGAUUUA